UAGGGUUUACAAAUUCCUGAAGGGGGCUCUCUCUGUCUCUCUGUCUCUGUCUCUGUGUGCAAAGCUCCACGCCCACUACGUUGCCCUCCCUCCUGCAGCUCCGUUCCUUCGUCCCCCUCGGCCGCAGCCGCAUCACCAGCUGCAGCAGCCAUGGCUGGAUUGAAGCUUUACGCCAACCCGGUGAACAAAAAUGCGUACAAGGCCUUGAUUGCCGCCGAGUAUGUGGGCGUCAAGAUUGAAUUCACCGAGAUAACGGACUGGUCCACUACCAAGUCUCCCCAGUACCUUGCGAUGAAUCCCAUGGGAAAGGUUCCAGUUCUGGAAACUCCAGAAGGAUCCAUCUUUGAGAGUAACGCUAUUGCUCGAUACGUUGCUGGCCUCAAGGAUGUCGGCUUGCUCGGUGUCCCUGGGUACAAUAAGGCUCAGAUCGAUCAAUGGAUUGAUUUCGCCGCUCUUGAGAUCGACAUCAAUGCUCGGGCGUGGGUUCUUCCUCAUCUUGGGUUGGGAUUCUUCAAUGAAGAGGUGGAAGCCUUCAUUAUCAACAAUCUGAAGAGAGCUCUUACUACUCUGAACAGUUACCUUGCAUCCCGGACCUACCUUGUUGGAGAAUCUGUAACUCUUGCUGAUAUCGUUCUUAUCUGCAACUUGUCUUUCAUUUGGCGUAGGGCUGCAACUAAGGAAUUCACUGCAGAGUAUCCUCACGUGGAGAGAUAUUUCUGGACUCUUAUCAACCAGCCCAACUUCAAGAAGGUCUUUGGUGAAUUUACCCAGGCAGAUAAGCCUCUGGGACCCCCUCCUUCCAAGGGUGAGACGGUUGCCCCUCCUGCAGCGGAAAAGAAGUCCACCCCCGAAAAGGAGAAGGUGAAGAAGGAGAAGCCAGCACCCGCACCAAAGCCAGUUCCGGAACCGGAGGCUGCUCUUGACGAUGAAGAGGCUGCCCCAGUGAAAAAGACCAAGAACGCCCUUGAUUUGCUUCCCCCUACACCCAUGGUUUUGGAUAACUGGAAGCGGUUGUACUCCAACACCAAGGCCAAGGACUUCCACUUGGCUAUUAGUGGAUUCUGGGAAAUGUUCGAUGCUGAGGGUUGGUCAUUGUGGUUCUGUGAUUACAAGUACAAUGAUGAGAACCAAGUCACUUUCGUGACCAUGAAUAAGGUCGGAGGGUUCCUUCAAAGAAUGGACUUGGCACGCAAGUACUCUUUUGGAAAGAUGUGCAUUCUCGGUGAGAACCCCCCCUACAAGAUCAAAGGAGUCUGGCUUUUCAGGGGGCUGGAUGUGCCACAAAUGGUGUUGGAUGAGGUCUACGAUGCGGAGCUCUACGAGUGGACCAAGGUAGAUAUCACCAAUGAAGAGCAGAAGGCUCUUGUGAAUGCCUACUUUGAGGAGCCAGACACCAUCCAAGGCGAGAAGCUCUUGGAGGCCAAGUGUUUCAAGUGAUAUACUUUUACUGGGUGUCUUUCAUUAUAAUCUGUGCUUGUAGUCCCGUAUUACUGAAGUUCUUAGCAGUUUGUGUAGUAGGCAGUGGCUUGUCCUCAUUUUUGGAACAAAGUCGGGAAGAGUCUGUAAUUUGAACACAAUUUGAGUUGCAUGAUGGAUUCGCCAUGUGGCUGUCCUAGUUCGAGUGCAUCCCUCGAGUCACCUUUGAAUUGACUAGCACUCGCGUUAUGUUUCCCAAGAUCUCCAAUAUUGAAUAAUUAUGGAGGUUUCCCUGUGUUCGAUAAUAUAUCUUGUAAAAAUAUUAUGGUAUCUUUCA